AUGGCGGAGGCUGCGUGGACUCCGGAGUUGCUUUCCCGGCGUUAUGAGGAGAUAAAAAGCUGCAUUCCGCAGCAGCUGGAGGCGUACGGGCGGUUCCUGCGCGAGGCCGCGCCGGAAGACCUCCGCCGCUGGCAGCAAAUUGCAGAAGAUUUGAAACUUGAAUUGAAUUUAGAAAACGGAAGAAUAAAAUACAAAAAAGAAUUCCAACCGCUGGAGCUUCCCGUGGAAAUUUGCUACAUCCGCCACGGCAAGACGGAGGGCAACACGGAGCCCCGGGUGUUUCAGGGCCAAGUGGACUAUGCAAACAACCAGCUGACGCAGCAGGGGCAGCAGCAAGCAGCAGCAGCAGCAGCAAAACUAGCAGCAAUGGCAGCAGCAAAAGAAUUCCUUCCGGAUUUGCUGCUGUCUUCUCCGCUGCUGCGAGCAGUGCAAACCGCGCAGCCCUUCGUGGACGCAAACCCUAAACCCUUUUUUAGGGUUUUGCCCGAACUCGCGGAAAUGGCGUUCGGCGAAUGGGACAACCAAAAGGCCAGAAACACUUUUUAG